CGCCACCUCUUCUUUUUUUGUUCUGUACAGUACAACCUUGGCUUCUACUUCUAGUUUCCAGCAUCGAUGACCUCAUUCCUCAGCACAGAAAACUACCAGGUCUUCCGCGAGUGCCUGUCCACGGCUAUCGUGGAGAGAUUCUCCGCCCCCGCGCAGCCCAAGAAAGCUCGGCGCACUCGCGGCGCCGUGUCGCAGCGCCAGAAGACGCGCAAGGAGACUGCGGGGACUUCCGCUGCUGCUGCUGACGCCUCGCAAUGUCUCCCUGACCGUGCGAGCCCGGAGGAAUUGGCCGAGUUUAUUGAUUUCCUCGCAACCGAAACCUUCCCCGCCCUGCCCCCCUCCAUCCAGACCCUAACCUACACUCCUCCACCACCACCACCGCCAACAACAACAUCAUCAUCAUCAUCAUCAACGACAACAACAACAAUAACAACUUCCUCAGAAACCGACCCCCAAACCCUCGCCUCAACCCUCUGCACCACCACCCUCCCCGCCACCGUCCACGACACCCUAACCACCUACGCCAUCCUCGCCGACCAACCCGAAGAAAACGAAGAAGCCCUAACCACCUUCUUCACCCCGAUCCUAACCGAGUACCUCGCCGCCGUGACGCGCCCGCCCCCGGUCUGGGCGACGACCCGCACCGACAGCUGCGAGAUUUGCGGCCGCGACUGGAUCCCGCUCAGCUACCACCAUCUCAUCCCGCGCAGCGUGCACGCCAAGGUGACCAAGAAGGGGUGGCACCUUGAGUGGAUGCUCAACAGUGUCGCGUGGCUGUGUCGCGCGUGCCACAGCUUUGUGCACCGGAUGGCGAGCAACGAGGAGCUGGCCAGGGAGUGGUUUACUGUGGAGCGGAUCUGCGAGCGUGAGGACGUGAGG